CUUAAAAAGCAUGGGGUGUGUCAAUGCCUAUAAACAAAGACAAUAAUGUUGCCAUGAGACAAAAGUGUCCAAUAUCAUAUUAAAAUAUGUAUAGUUGCUUUACUUGAAUAUAUAAAAUCAUUAUAUAAUCUUAUUACUUGCUGCCACCCUAAGAAAAUUGAUCUAUUUAAAACCUAUGAUCUCUUUGAUAUACACAUUAUUCUCAACUUGUCAUACACCUUCAUUCCAAUUCCAAGUUUUUUUUUCCUAAACAUCUUCAAAUUAAUUCACUAUUCAAUUCAACAAAAAUAUGGCAUAUUUGGCAUCAGAAAACUUAGUAGAAAACGAUAGCGCGUUUCUCAUGUCAUUUCUUGAUGAACCUUUGAUGGAAUGUUGCGACGAUGAGAAAUUAAAUUUUUUAAUCCAAUCUCUAGAAGCAGAGAUUGAAUAUCCCAAUACUAAAGGGGGUUGUAUAUUUGAUGAUGAUAACGUUCAGAAUUCAAACUUUAUUGAUAAUAUAAAUUUGAAUUUCUAUCACUGUGAUCAAGAUAAUGCGUAUACUAAAUCUACCCUUGAUGACGGCGAAUAUAGCUCAGAAGAUCUAGUUGAUGAUUUUAGUUGGAUGGAUAUGGAAAUGUCAUCUUCAACUAGUCCCAGUAAUAACAACAUGAUUGAAUUUCAAAACUUUAUAACAUGUAUUCCAAUUGAGGAGGAAGUAUAUGAUUCUCUAUGGCUACAAACUGACUUGUCAAUGGUAGAUAAUAUUAGCCAAUAGUAAUGAGAAACUAAUUAGUUGAAAUUUUUCUUUUCCUUUUUUUCUUUCAGUGUAAAUUAUCUAAUCCAAUUUGGAUUAUUACUACUAGUUCAACUGUAAAUUUAGUUUAAUAUUAUUUUAUAGAUUCACACUUUUAAGUAUUUUCGAUCCGUCCUAAAAAUUCUGAAUUUCAACAAUCGAGUUUACUUUAUUA